GUGGUGUUCGAAUUAGAUAACAUAAUGCUCAAAUCGGUCUUACAAUCCGCGAGGAAUUUUUAACCCAUCCAAAUUUGAUUAUAAUAUUUAAAAAAAUUAAAUAGAAAUCAUAUGAAAAAAGACAUUUAUAAUUUAGUAUCAUCAUUAAAUUUAGUAAACGAUGGAAUUUUUGGGUCCCAAAUUUUAUUCUGCAAAUGAUGUUAAUAGAUGUUUAUCGAAUGAAUCUGAACGACUUAUCGAAGUGAUAGAGGAAAGUUUUGUUACUUUUAGCACAAAACAAGCUGGUUUUAUUCAACCUCAAAGAAUGGCUGUAAAUAUAACUGAAUACAACAGUUUAAUGAUGAAACCGUGUAUUUCUCUUUCUAACCAGAUUGCUUCAUUUAAAAUUCUUACUAUCAAUCAGUUAAAUGAAAUCAAUUUUGGUUUACCAGUUAUUCAAGGUGUAAUAGUUGUGUUUGAUACUAUUAGUGGAUCAGUUAAUGCCAUUGUAGAUGCCAUUUCCGUUACAGAUAGACGAACAGCUGCUGCAUCAGCAGUUGCAAUAAAACAUUUAUGCAAGGAAUCUGACACAAUUUUGGCUAUAAUUGGAACUGGUCAUCAAGGAGCAAGCCAUGUUCAAUUAUUGUCAGCAUAUAAAAAGUUUUCUGAAAUUCGUGUAUUUAGUCGUACUAAAGAAAAUUGUCACGCGUUUGCAAAAAAAUAUAAUUGCAUUCCUUGUGAUUCAGUUAAAAAUGCUGUCAAAGAUGCAGAUAUAAUUGUCACUGCUACAACAAGUAUUUCACCAGUUUUAUUCAAAAAGUGGAUAAAACAUGGUUGUCUUAUAAUUGCAGUUGGUGCUCCUUUAUGUAAUCAGAGGGAAUUGGAUGAUGAAAUUAUGCUGACUAGUCAAAUAUUUACUGACACAGAAGAGGGAGCAUAUGCAUCAGCAGGUGAUGUUAUUUUAUCUAAUGCAAAAAUACAUGGUGAGCUUGGUAAUGUCAUAAAUAAAACAAUAAAUAUUGAUUGGAAUACAACAAGAGUUUUUAAAUCAAAUGGAAUGGCAGUUCAAGAUUUAGUAACUGUAAAAUUAAUUUUAGAUAAAGAUAAAGAAAAAAAAGAUUUAUUUUCUUAAAAGUGUAAA